UGGUCUAUUCUCGGUCAACCCUGUUGUUGAGUCGUUCCCCUGCCGACUAUUGCGGAGUGCAGCCAGCGCGUCGUGUCUCUAUCCGAGGCCGGAUGGUAAAAUCCAACCUCCAGCGGAUCCUAAAUAGUCAUUGCUUUGCCCGUGAAAAAGAAGGAAAACAACAGCAUUUCACUACCAUGGUGGAUUUGAGUAGUAGCAUUUGUGACAUGAUUGGCAACCUGUGCCUGCACUGUAGUAGUACCCGCGGCCCGGGGCCUCUGUGGUGCUCCGAUGUCCCUCUCCCACCCCUGAAGAUCCCAGGUGGGCGAGGGAAUGGUACACGGGAUCACACUCCUUCAGCUCAGCCGCUCUACUCCGAUAGGAAGUUGACAGUGACAGAGGAGGCAGCGGGGAAUGGUCGUCCAAGGAUACUUCACUUCCAAAGCUUCCCCACUGUUAACAAGACGGUACGGUGGGACGCUGUCCUGAGCAGCAGUGUUCUCUACGUGGAGAUAGCACCUUUUAACCCACUUCCCGAAGGCAGCAAGGAGAGUUUUGCAGCUCUCCUUGGAUAUGCUGAAGAACACCUAAAAGUCGUAAGCGUAUUUGUCUGCUUUUACAAGAAAAGAGAUGAUUUUGCUAAGCUGGUGCGUACAUUCCGUUUCCUGGGCUUUGAGAUUGUGAAACCGGGCCAUGCCCUUGUCCCACCUCGACCCGACGUUUUCUUCAUGGCCUACAACUUCGACAGGGACUCCUCUGAUGAGGAGUAGCUUUCUGCACCACAUCUGUGCUCAUACACCCCUCCCUUGUUAUUUCAUAAAUCCCUUUUUUCCACAAUUUGCCUUUUGCUUUUUCAAACCUUUCAACCCCCAUGUAAUCCUAUUUUCCUGUGCUGCCUCUCCAAACCUCUGCCCCAGUUCACUUAUAGCCCCCCUCCCCCUCUUCGUGUCAUCCAAGUGCUUACAUCAGCUUCAAUGAACCCCCAACAUUUUGUGCUUAAGUUCCAGUGUUAGAGGGGAAAUUCACCGAUUUCCACCUUCUCUCUGUCUGUCUGCUACGGUGACAGCACAUGAAGAACUCCUGCAGUUGUUCCCAGUCAUUUCUGUAUCUUUGGGGCAGCAGUGAAACAGUGGCGGUGAGUUUUUUUCUGGCCACCGAGUGACAUGUUGUGACGUCAGUUGGCAGCCAGAAAAACUACAGCCUAGCAGGGUUUCUUUUUUUCUUCUGAUUUCUCCCAAUUUAGUGGCCAAUCGAUCCCUAUUUUAGUUCAAACACCCACCCUCGUACUGCAUGCGUUCGCCAACUGCAUCUCUAAGGCCGGCAGUCUCAAAGGAGAUGCCUCCCCACUUUCGUGACAAGGCGAAUCCAGGCCGAACCACUGCUUUUUCCGACACCCCCAGAGACACAUUCAUGUGACGAACACAAGCUGACUCCGCCCCCCUCCCGAAGACAGCGUUGCCAAUUAUCGCUGCUUCAUCGAGUCCGGCCAUAGUCGGAUCUGACGAGACCGGGGCGCUAAUCCCGGUCCCCAGUGGGCAACUGCAUCGACACAAAACCGAUGCUUAGACCGCUACACCACCGCGGACCCCCAGCCUAGCAGGGUUUCUGAUACUCCAGUGUACUCUAAACACGCUGUUCAAAAACAGCUUCAUUCCCUUGGCUGAACUACGUUGCAUGAAUCUAGCGCAGAGGAUUUUAUGGCCAGCUAUACAAAGGCUUAUGCAAAAUGCAUUCUGGUACGUGUAGGUGCUGUGGGAAGGAUGGUGAGAUGGAGAACACCGAUUUCUCCAUCAACAGAGUACACAGUGAGGACUUUAUUGCUUCAGUUGACUACAUUACUAAUUAAUAUUGAUUGUACGUACAUACACAAAAAAAAUCAGUGAAGGGCGUCUGGGUAGCGUAGCAGUCUAAUCCGUUGCCUACAAACAUGGGGCUCAUCAGUUCGAACCCCCAUGUUACCUCUGGCUUGGUUGGGCGUCCAUACAGACACAAUUGGCUGUGUCUGCGGGUGGGAAGCCGGACGUGGGUAUGUGUCCUGGUCGCUGCACUAGCACCUCCUCUGGUCGGUCAGGGCGCCUGUUCAGGGGGGAGGGGCAACUGGGGGGAAUAGCGUGAUCCUCCCACGCGCUGUGUCCCCCUGGCGAAACUCCUCACUGUAAGGUGAAAAGAAGCAGCUGGCAACAUCACGUGUCUCAGAGGAGGCAUAUGGUAGUCUGCAGCUCUUCCCGGAUUGGCAGAGGGGGUGGAUCAGUGACCAGGAUGGCUCGGAAGAGUGGGGUAAUUGGCCGGAUACAAUUGGGGAGAAAGGGGGGGGGUAAAAAAAAUCGGUGAAAUUUCCCUUUAAGACUUGUAUCUCCAGCUUCAUUUAUCUCUAUGUAUCUUUAUUAUUCGCUUAUCAUUUAAGAGUAAUUGGUAUCUUUUUGUUAGUUAAAGAGGGAACCUUUUUGUUUUGGACUUUCGGAGUAUAUUGCAAUUGUCAUAGAUAUCAAUGUGUUGUAUUCUACUUUUCAUAUUUUUAGUUUUGUUUGUAAUUUUCUAAUAAUAGGCCUGAGGAGGAUUCUUCAUUUCUUGAAUGUACAACAAAAAAAAGCUCAUCAGGUUUAAACUCGGGUACUCCAAUUUUGAUUUGAUUGGCUAAAGGUUGACAUCAGCUGUGUCCCACAGUUUCAUGUGUUUCAGUAGGAUCAAUCCAAUCAUCCAGCAUCAUUUUCCUCUUAAAAAGUGUGAAGAGUUUGUGAAACAUGUUGCUUGUGAGCAACAACCCCAAUGAUUGGUACUUCAUAACUGGAUAUUAAACCUCCAGACCAGACUAGUAAGAUAAGUUGGGAGGGAUUGUGAAUGCUGUUGUGUGUGACUGAUUGUCACUUCAGUUCCAAACUAUUGAGUGUAUUGGUACAAAGUGAAAGAAAAGUGGAUUAUCCAAAGUGCUUUUGCCUCUCUGGUGUGUACACCUGAUGUUAUUGUAGUAUCUUGUUUUUAGAGGAACUAAAGAAGUUGAUGUGAUGUACAGAUUUUUUUUCCCUUUGACUGCCAUUCCUUUUAACUUUCACUGGUAAUGAAUUUGUUCACCUGCUUAGUGGUACCUGUUGUGCUUCUGUGAUAAUAAAACAAACAAA